AUAGGUUUUACAUAGCCGCCAUCUUUGUAGUUCCUGUUUUGAGAGGGAUUUCCUGAUCUACUUCAGCCACAGGAUACGCAGCCUACCUGACAGUUUGCAUCAUCAUACGAGCUUCAGGUCGCUGGGUAGCAACCAUUAAGAGUUGUUGCUUGGCUUCUUUUCGUCUGAUUUCGUAGUAAACACACCGCUUCUGGUAUUUGGGUGUGAGCUGGUUUCACUACAAAACCUGCAGUCAUGCCGGUUAGAAAACAAGAUGCUCAUCGAGCCCUAGAGCUCCUGGAAGACUACCACACUCGACUUACCAAGCCCCAGGAUAAGCAGCUUAAGAUGGCCAUUGAACGUGUCAUCCGCAUCUUCAAAAGCAGACUCUUCCAGGCCCUUUUAGAUAUCCAGGAGUUCUAUGAGUGUACACUUUUAGACGAUAGUAAAUCUACCCAACAAAAGACUCUGGAGACUCUUCGUAUAGCCAGCAAAUGGGAACAGGAACCGCCAAUCACCAACACACAACCAAAGAUAGAUAAAACACCGGCCUCUACAGACGAUGAACUUCCUCCCCCUCCCCCAGAGCUGAGUGAAAACAAAGAGUCCCGCACAGAGAAAUCACAAGCAGCCAUGGCCCCUCCUACCAAGGCUGCCGUGCCAUCUAUAGACGAUGAUGACUUGCCACCCCCACCGCCACAAGGUGGAUCAGAGACCGGGGAUUCAGACUAUAUGAAUGGUGCUGGAGAGUGGGAGUAUGAGGAGAUUCCAUUGGAGAGGGGGAACACUGGUCUGGGGUUCAGCAUUGCGGGUGGCAGUGACAAUCCCCACAUUGGAGAGGACCCAGCAAUAUUCAUCACAAAGAUCAUCCAGGGUGGCGCUGCAGCUGCUGAUGGAAGGCUCAAAAUGAACGACAUCAUCGUGAAGGUGAAUGAGACAGACGUAUCUCAGGCUACACAUUCCGCGGCAGUUGACGCACUCAAGCAGGCAGGAACACGGGUAGUUUUGUAUGUUAAAAGACUGCGAGCACCAUUGGAGAACGUGCUUGAGGUAGAGUUGGUGAAGGGGAACAAGGGGUUAGGCUUCAGUAUUGCUGGAGGUAUUGGUAACCAACACAUACCAGGUGACAAUGGGAUCUUCGUCACCAAGAUUAUUGAGGGUGGAGCAGCCGAGCAGGAUGGCCGCCUAGCCAUGGGCGACAGACUUAUCGCUGUGAAUGAUGAAAACUUAGAGAAUGUGAGUCAUGAGGAGGCAGUUGCAGCGCUGAAAGCCACACAGGAAGUUGUACGAUUAACAAUAGCUAAACCUUCAUAUGUACCGCCAGACAGUGUUCUUCAGGACCCCUCCCCUCCAGUGAACAGAAAGAUAGAGAGCGUUGCUAGUGUACCAUUGUCCACCCCAGACAGACCUACGCCAUCUCCCAGCACUCCACCCAAACUCAACAAUUAUGAAAAUGACGACUUUCCAAGAUUCGUGGACCAUGCUCCACCCCCGAUACCACAACAACCACCUCCCCCGAUAGUCAACUCCUACUCCGAGACUACACCCCCGUUACCGCGACAUUCACCUCCCCAGCGUCAGUCGCCUCAAAUCCCACGAGCUGGGGUCAAAGUAAUGGAUCGCCCCCCUUUACCUCCUCCCCCUGUUCCAUCACAUCCCCCUCUGCAGCAGCUUCAAUCAUCCCCCCAGUUACUGAGAAAAUCAUCCCCACAGCCUGUUCAUCAGUCAUCCCCCAAGAUACCUCGACCUGUGGUCAAAGUGGAGCCUAGAAAGGUCAUCCUAAAGAAAGGAUCUACGGGGCUAGGUUUUAACAUUGUCGGUGGAGAAGAUGGAGAAGGAAUUUUCGUGUCCUUCAUUUUGGCCGGUGGUCCGGCUGAUCUCGGAGGAGAGCUACGCAGAGGGGAUCAAAUUUUAUCAGUAAAUAACACUGAUUUGAGACUAGCAACACAUGAAGAAGCAGCAGCAACACUAAAGGGUGCCGGGGACACCGUAGAAAUUGUAGCCCUUUAUAAACCAGACGAAUAUAACCGAUUUGAAGCCAAGAUUCAGGAUUUACGGGAACAAAUGAUGAACACAAGCACAGGAAGCUUACGAACAACACAGAAACGAACACUUUAUGUGAGAGCUUUGUUCGACUACGACCCUUCAAAAGACAGUGGUCUACCUAGUAAAGGACUACCAUUCCGGUACGGAGAUAUCCUACAUGUAACGAAUGCUAGUGAUGAUGAGUGGUGGCAGGCCAAGCGUGUCACGCCCGACGGGGAAGAGGAGGGCAUGGGCAUCAUUCCCAGUAAAAAACGUGUGGAUCGAAAGGAAAGGGCACGGCUAAAAAAUGUGAAAUUUACAGGAAAAACAAGUGAAAAGUCAAAUGGUAGCUUACAGGCAGCUGCUAAUGAAAAGAAAAAGAAAAAUUUCUCAUUCACAAAAAAAUUCCCAUUCAUGAAGAGUAAAGACCAAAGUGGAAGUGAAGAAGUCAGUGCAGAUGAACCGGAGGGUACAGCUGAGAGCGAAGCUAGUUUCCGAGGCGAUGAACCAAUUUUGUCCUAUGAGGCUGUCGUACAACAAGAAUUGAAGUACACAAGACCAGUUAUUGUACUAGGUCCACUCAAGGAUAGAAUAAACGAUGAUCUCAUCUCAGAAUUCCCAGACAAGUUCGGAAGCUGUGUACCCCACACAACGAGACCCAAGCGAGAUUACGAAGUGGAUGGACGAGAUUAUCAUUUUGUGGAAUCGCGGGAACAGAUGGAGCGUGACAUACAAAACCACCUAUUUAUAGAAGCAGGACAGUAUAACGACAACCUGUAUGGCACAAGUGUUGCUUCCGUAAAGGAGAUUGCAGAAAAGGGUAAACACUGUAUAUUGGAUGUGAGUGGUAACGCAAUAAAGCGACUACAAGUAGCAGGGCUCUACCCAGUAGCUGUCCUUAUAAAACCAAAGUCGGCCACAUCUAUCAUGGAGAUGAACAAACGGAUCACAGAGGAACAAGCUAGAUUGACUUAUGAACGAACAAUGAAACUGGAACAAGAGUUUGGAGAAUAUUUCACAGCGGUUGUACAGGGAGAUUCAGCUAAUGAAAUCUAUGCAAAGGUGAAGGAAGUGAUCCGUGACCAGUCUGGUCCCACUAUCUGGGUGCCCGCCAAGGAGAAAUUAUGAGCCAUUUGUCUUACAAUGGACUCGACGCACACAGCAAACCCAUUCAGGAGCUUUCUUGUCAGAAAUUGGAUAAUAUUUGUCAUGUGAUCUGAAAAUUGUUCAAUUGUUGAUGAGCAGACAAUUUUAAAAACGGAUGGUUUGUGCAUUUUGAUGUAUAUAUGAUACAAACUAACAUUGUGUUAUAUAUAUGGGGCGCAACAUUUGGUUGGCGGUACGGUCCGCUGAACACUGUAACCGUGGCAACAAAGACUGUAACUAUAGACUGUAUCCAUGGUAACAGCAUGGCGGAGGACAGAUGGACUUAUUUUAUCAUUAAUAUAUAAUUACAUUGUAUAAAUGUGGAUCAUCCUCAUGUUAACCUUCUGUCCCGGGUGGAUCUGAGAGAGGCAUGCGAGUAGCUAUGUGAGGGUGCUGUGUGCAGUUUAUAUGUUGUGAAUGUGGUAGCUGUGGACUGAAGAAACCUUUUGUCUUUCUUUUGUUGUUGGGGAGGCUGUGGUGUAUACAUGAUUGGCACGUGCUGGCACAGUAAUAGUCACACUCCAGAACCCAUCAAACCAAUUUUGUGAACCUGGAGUCCAAAUGGUGAUAUCAGAUACCUGGGGUCGGAAUGGUGAUGUCGGAUACCUGGGGUCGGAAUGGUGGCGUCUGAUUCCUGGGGUCCGAUUGGUGAUGUCAGAUACCUGGGGUCCAAUUGGUGAUGUCGAAUACCUGGAGUCCGAUUGGUGAUGUCGGAUACCUGGAGUCCGAUUGGUGAUGUCGGAUACCUGGGGUCGGAAUGGUGAUGUUGCUCCGUACAAGCGAUCAGGAUUAUGGCACCAAACACAUAUAUCUAUAAUAUUGUUGUCACGUGUUUAAUUAUUAACUGUUAUUAGGGUUAUUUUAUUGUAUAAUUUUACUGGUGUAAAGUACAACACUAUUUAACAGUAACAUACCACAGUUUAUAUCGGAUAUUGGAAUGUAUCAGAUUGUCUUGAGAUCAUUGUACAUCUGCCUCAGGGCUUUUAUACAAGUAUAAUUAAACAUUUUAAAAUGAAACUGUUUUAAACAUGUUAUAGAGGAAGUUAUAUCAGCCAGGAGAUGGACUAGUAUUUAUUAUAAACAUGUAUUAAAGGGAUGUUUUGGUGUUGAUAAUGCUACUGUAGUGUAACCUUUGGUGAAACAACAUCAUUAUCAGUACAAAAUAUUCUAUAUAUUUAGGUCUGUGGAAUUAAAAUGAGAAAAGGACCAGAAAUGUCACUCUUACAAUACACUGUUGAUAAUUUUAGCAUAUAAUGUUGUAUGAUAAUCCAGAGGAUGUUAGACAUUAAAGGUCGGGGUGUACAGAGUGAUCUCCCCUUGUAACAGUAAAAUUGUCUUACUGUUGUAGUCUCACAGUGGAUUUAAUAGACCUCCAUUUCACAACACAUAACUUAACCAUGUGUGCUACAGUAUUGAUAUGUUAUGUUGAUGUGGCAGUAUGUCUCUACCACCUAAAAGAUAUACCAUGCUAUUUCAAUACAGUUUCCGCUUUCUUUCCUAUGAGACGGAAUGUAUUGUGCAUUCUAACUGCCUAAACUGGGGAAAACAUGAUUUUUUUUUCAAUUAACUUAGUGUCAACUGUGAAUGGAGGUUAACUUACUUCAAAGAAAUUGAUAAUGCUAUGUGUUCAGCCAUUCCUAAAACAUACAUGCAAGAUGUUCUAAUAAAUGGAUGACCUUUAUGUGACCUAGGUGUGACCUUUGGUAUGUCUCAGGCUAAAAGUUAGACUGACCUCUCCAUUUUUGCGAGGUAAGAACUCAGUCAUGUAAUUGUAAUCACAACCAUGCAAAUCAUUGAGAGAUAACUCUCUCCCCAAUGUAAGUUUGUUAGACCGCAGAUAAACUCUCCCCACAUUGUAUAGGAAAUCCAGAAUGUCCUGUGAAAAUGGUUUAUGAAAAGUACACAUCAGUAUUUAUUUUUCAUAACAUGUUGAACGGUCUUCUUGAUGAGUUUUAUGAUUCGUUCAGAUUUAAUGUCCAGUGAAUUGCCAUAUAAAGAAAUAUGAUAAUCUAUAUGUGUCCAAUUAAAUUUUACAGUAAUUAGUAAGGUGUUUUUGUGCCAUGCUAGUGUGUUGUUGUGAAAUGACUCUUUCUACAAACAAAAAUUUCCAGGCAACUUUGCACAAAUGAGUUACACCUCUAGUAUUCCGCAUUGUGAGCGUGAGCAGUAUAUGUGUGGAAUUAAAGUGGAUAUUCAUGUUUAACUUGCAUAAUUAUGUCGUGUUACACCAAUAUUUGUGGUAGGAAUACGAGUGUGUCUAGGUUCAGAUAUAAGGGCAGAUAACUCAAGUAAUUAAGGUUGUUAUUGUAAACUGGACAUUUUCCGUCAAUAUAAAUGUUGUUCAUUACUAUAUAAACUGCUGACCAGUGUUGUCAAUUUCAGGAAAACGUCAAUAGCUCAAUCUUGGACCCCUAUCUUAGAGAUAGAUCAUAAUUUCAUCUCAAUCAAUGCCCACUUCUUUGUUACAAGUUGUCGUGAAGGUUAUUUAACAUUUCCUAGUCCAGCGACACCCUAGAAAGUCACAGUUUUGCCAUUUUAUUAGAUUUCCUGGAGUUUCUUAUCAAUUAUGUGCGUUCUGUUUUGAGUGAGAUGUUUGUAGUGUAGAAACAUUCCAAGUCCUUAGGUAGAUUUGUAGAAUACGAUUUAGACUUUUUAAAUUUAAAAAGAGCAUUUUAAUUGAAAUUAUUUUCUAUUUACAAUAGUGUAACAGAGUAUGUUCAAUAAAGACAUCCACUUGCCACAUCUGUUUCAUACAAAAAGUGCAAUUUACAUCCAUAUGAUGUUGUGUAAAUGUCAAACUCUGUAUAAAUAUAUAUAUAUUGAUAUGUACAUUGAGUUAUCUCCCUUGUCCCAUUCACGAGAGUUAUCUCCCCCUUGUUCCUUUUGUACAGCACGGUCUGUGGUUCACUGUGCUUGUUAUUGUAGUCUUAUUAGGCUGUACAUUUCUUUAACACAGAUCUACCAGGUCAAUCAAGGUGUAAAAUAUUCUUUUUAAGAAAAUUGUUAUUGUAGAUAUUUUUUCUUCUAUUAUAUUUUUUAAACAAUGAGUCUUUUAGAGAAAAAAACAGACUUUGCUAUUGAAGAAAUGACUGAUAUUCUUCUCUUGUUGAAGUGCUUUGAUUGAUCAUGAUGUAAAUUAAAAUCAUUGGGCCAACAUUUGGAUGUGUUUUAGGUAUUUAUUUUCAAUAUGCAGCAAAUAUAAUGAAUGGUUCACUGCCCAUGAUAUUAAUAAUUAACUGAUCAGUCAUUGAUUCUCAAUAAAACUGACAUUGUGUGGAAAUCUUAUGAAAUUCAGUGGAGUACAGCAAUCUGUUUUAAUUAUUUUCUCCCCUGGACAUUGUCAAGGGGCAAUAUGAAAUCCUGUCACUUUCAUAUUAUCUUGCAUUUUGUAUUCUCCACUAUGUUCAAGCUGUGUUUUAAAAUUUCAUUGCAUGCUAUUCGCUAGAUGUCAAUACCCGUGGUAAAGUUGUAAACACUUUUACUGCAAUUGUUGUUAUUAUCAUCAUUUUUAUACACAAAAAUGUCACUUCCAGGUGAUUUCCAUUGUAUCGACUUUAAAAUCAUUAAUUAAUGAUAUCCGUGUAAAUGUUUAAAGGGAGAUAAUCUGUCCGGUUAUCUCCCCUUGUACCAGUGACGACCUGUAGCUAGGAUAUGGUUCUAUAUAGACAUAGCACACCAACAAAGGUACUAGCUCAAAACGAGGCCAAGAUGGAUUUAUAGGUGAAUAGGAAAAAUAAAUAAAUUGACAACUAUAAACUUA